CCACCGCCCCAGGAACAUCAGUUUUUUUAAAGCUCAUCCCGAUAUACUACCGGAAAGUUUCCCACAAAUUAAAAAAAUUAAAAAUCCCAUUCCUUUGAGACUAAUUUCUUUUAUUUGAUUACUUGGUAUCGAGGAAAAUGUUGAUCGAUCUCGUCCGUGAAUCCGUGUUGCAGUGCUUCUGUCACAGCUGCAAACCACCCCUGAGUGUCGUAGCUGGACAAAGGAGGGGUAAUGUACCUAUGAAGAAACCCAGUGGCAAGGGAAAACCACGAACGAAACAACCGAAGAAAGUGAAAUUCAUAACUACUGAGAUUCGAUGUCAAGAGAAGUCCAAGGGUGGCCUGUGCUACGAGGUGAUUUUGGCAGAGCCAACGGGAUCGAAACGUGCCCCAUCACCACCCCAGACAGUUCCUGCCCAGCAGACUGCCAUCGAGGAUAAACUCAAAGCAGCUGAAGAGAGAAGACUCUCAUUAGAGGCCCAUAAACUUGCGUCAAUCGCUGCCAAGAUGAGCAGAAUCGAGGAGACAUCCCGCAAGAGGGAUGAACUCAACUCAGCAUUCAUAGCAGCAACUCGAGACUCACUCGAUGCUAAGAUGAAUAACUCCGAGGAGAAACGUGAGGCUCAUAUUGCCGAGUUGAAGAACAAACUGAAGGAGCACCUGGAGGCUGUUGAGAAGACACGUUUGAAUCUGGAGCAACAGACGAAUGAGGUUCGUGCUGCUGUUGAGGAGAAACUCAAGACUGCUGCUGCACAGAGGGAUGAGAACAUGAAACACAUGCUGGAGCGUCUGAAGGAACACGAGGAGCAAGUUGCCAGGGUUCGUCAAGGGAUGACUGAACGUGUUCAGCAACUGGAGUCCCAGAUUCAGGGAAAGCUAGAUCAAGCACGAGAGCGCAGGGAGACAAUAGAGCGCGAACAGAAGGAGAAACUCCGUAAUCAUAACACAGUGAAGCUAGCUAAAGUACGAGAGACAGCUGAUGUCAGUGCAAUGCGAGAGCUCGAGGCCAAGAAACGAGAGAUUGACCUGAAGGUCUCCAUCGCCGAAGAAAAUCGUCGGCGAGAGAUUCAACGUCGUCUUCAGGCCAUUCGUCAACAUGAGAGGCGUGCUGAGAUGGUCAGACAGAACAAAGCAGCCCUGGCUGGCCAGGAUUCGACCAAGACAGAUGACAGUGCCUUACCAGUCGAAAAUGAAACUGCCAGCUCUGGUUAAGCAAUUAUUCCAGCCACUUGCUUAAUUAAACCCAACAAUCUAACACGAUUGCCAUUAUCCCAUCAUUAAUCGCAGCCAAAACGAGAUAUCGUAGAGUUAAAGAACAAGAGCGAUAAUAGUUUAAAAGUUUAUCAUUAAAUAACGAAAAUAUUUUGUUCACGCGUUGAUGUUCAUUAACCGGCGAAAAAAAUAUUACUCGUGUUUGAUUAAACGGCGAAUAAAAAAUUAUUGAAUAAAGUCGUAAUUAUUGGACUCGGCGGGUUCAUUGUUUGAAUAAAAUUCAUAUGAACUUCGCGAGCUUUAUUAAAUUGCUUCGUGCCAUUUACCGUCGUUUUGGCAAUUUACUGAACAACUGAGUGAGAAAAUUAAAAUGAAAGACACGAGAUAAUCAAUGAGAGGGGGAAUAAAAAAUUAAUAAGAAUUAGGUUUAACGCGUAUUUUCCAAUUAUUUUGCAACUCCGUGGAUUUUGUGCCUCAAAGUGAAAUUGCAUUGUGCUACGUCUCUCUAAUUUCGUACUGAAAAAUUGCCGUGGAAAAUGAAUUAAUGCGAAAAGACGAGAAAAAUCAUAAAAAAAAUGACAAACUCUAUGAAAAAUGGUAACAAAAAAAUAUGUAACAUUUAGAUAUAUUUUAUGCUUACGUUGUAUUAAUUAUGUUCCAUUUUAAUUCUCAUAAUAUCAAAUACAAUACCAAGUAACCGAUGUUGAGAUGUUGGCUUUGAUAGCGGGAGAAUUUUAACCGGAGAGAGUGUGCGACUGAGUGGUCUGCAGAAAAUGUUUAAAAAGAAAAACCAUUGGGCAUUCUAUUAAUUCGAGGGUGAUAAUUGAAUUUCUAGAGGGAAGGGGGGGAUGCAGCGAUUAAAAAUGUCUCGGGCAUUGAGGGAAAGGGUCAGAAUGAUUUUUAAUCAAUCGAACUUUUUAAGUGGAAAAAAAAUAAUUCAAUCAAUUUUCCUCGUUUUUAAUUUCGACAAUUUGCUGAAAUUCAUCGAUGACCACCCCUCAGCUCAAAACGUCUCUUCAUUAAUUUAAUAUUAAACAUUCAUCGUCACUGAGACGAAUUGAGAAAAUUUUAAGUGCGACACAGUCCCAACUGGUUAUCAAUGAAAAAUGGAUAAAAAAAAUGUGUCAACGUAUGAAUUAGCAUUUCAAGUGGAUGGUAAAUGUAACAGUGCUUUAUACAGUUUAUACUAAGCUUCGAAAAAAGAAUGAAUAUAUAAAAGAAAAAUAAAUAAAUCGUUUUGUACUCGAUAAUUGCCUAAGUAUUGCGCUAAUAAAAGAGCAUUACGGAAUAAAGGAAUUCGUAUGUA